AAAAAAAUUAAAAAUUUAAAAGAAAAUGGUAUCCAGGUCCGUAUUUUAAAAAAUUAAGUUGAUGAUGGAUGGUAUCCUGAAGACGAAACGUCGGAUUUAACAUUACAAAACACCAUAUUGUAGAGCAAAAAAAAAAACAUGAAACUUUCAAAUUUGAAGAUUGUCUCUAAAAUCAAUAGUUUUUAAAAAAUUCGCCAAAAUUGUUUUAGGUGUUUUCCACAAAUCACCCUGUAACUAGGAAAUUGAUAAAAAUUUGGCAACAACGAAAAUAUAUUUUAAAUACCCUUCGAAAAUGGAAACUUUUCUCUAAUUUAACCGCCCUUGUAUCUCUUACCGUUUCUGAUAUACCAAUGGUGGCCCAUGGUAUUUUGGACACCCUGUAUACACGGAUAAAUAAAAAACACUUUUUAUUUUUUAAUUAAAAAAAAAAACUUUAUAUAAAAAAAUACAAAAAAAAUAGCACCUAUAUUGGUCUUUUUCGCCUAUCACAAUAAAUAAAAUACAAAACAACUAAGACAAAGAACUGAACGUUUCAAUAUCCAACAGUUUCUUAGUAAAACUGAAAAGUUUCUCUUGCAGUUCCACAUUUUCAGCUCUGUCACUUGCCGGAACCACCUGACAGUUAUCAAUUUUCCUACUUACCAUGAUCGAUAUAGAUUAAAAACAAUGCUGCCAAAUUAGGUAUAAACCUAUUUUUAAUAGUUUCCCUGAAAAAUAAGCCAAUUCUGAGGCCAAUUUACAAUUUUUCACAAACUCCAACACAAUUAAACCCAUAAAAACCCCUUUUAAUCAAUUCCCAUCGAAAACUUCAAAACGCCAUCAAACAAAAAUCGGCCAUGUCUAAGUUGGCAAUACCGCAUGACGAGAGUCGUUGUUGAAUGGCGUUGGUUCCUCGGCACUGUUGUCACUUUUUGUUCUAUUAUCGUAAUUUAGAGUGAAUUUUUUGGAAAUUUCCGGGGAAAUUCGCAAUUUGAACAUCCGCGGUACCUGCCGGAGUAGUUUUCCGUCCCCCCGGACCCGUUUGGAGUCCUAAAUCCCGGAAAUAAAGUGCGUAGCUGCAGCUAAAAUCUGGUUUAUGGAAGGUCGUGUCAACGCCACACAAAUCGGACUAUGGUGGCGCUUAAUUUGAAUCUUUAAAGAUAACGCACAAUUAACAUGGAAAACGCAAGAGAUAGAGGAAUAUUAGAAAACGUAGUUAUAACAUCUGAAGGAUCAGAUGGGCCCCAAUUCAUACGCCUAUCCGAAAAUUCACAAAUAAUCAGUUCAGAGCUGCUACAAAAUCACAAUGGGCUGGUUGUCAAUUUAGAUGGCAACGAGUACUUACCAGUAACCUACAGUUCUGAAGACCUUCUGAGCUCAGAAUUAACAGAGGAAGAUCGAAAUCUUGCAGCCGCCCUCGUAGCUGUUCAACUGAGUCAGCAACAGAAGCAACAGCAACUGCAAGAUGCCUCUCUUCCACCUUUGAUUGCCAGCAAUAAAAUGUUAGAAGAGCACCAACAGCUGAUUCUUACAGACAAAGCCACUGGCAACCCUCAGUAUUUGAAAAUUGUAAACUCUGAUAAUAUUUACAUAGACCAGGAGGGGCUUCAUAAAAUAGUUGAAAAUGUUAGACUUGUAGACGAUACUACAGAUCAAAGUAUUCCUAUUGAAACAAUACAUCAGGUUGAAGAUGAAGAGCCUACAAUAAAUCUGAAUGAUGAUAAAAUUGAAAUCAUUGAACAUGACGAUAAAAUGGAUUCUGAUGGAGAAUCUACUUAUUCAAGAAACGAUCAUAGAACUUCAAAAAAAUCGUUGCCUCAUAAAAAAAGAAUCAGCAGGAGACUGAGAAAGAACAGUACAAUUACCAAAAAACACACUUGCAGCUUUUGCAGUCAAAAUUUCGCUAACCCCAGUGAAUUGCAAGAACAUGAAGGCUCAUGCAAUGCUGCUAAAGUGCCUAUAAACUCCCCAUUUUCGUGUCAACUGUGCAACACAGCAUUCGAAGAUCAAUUGAAAUUUUUUGAGCAUCUAAAAAAACAUUAUGAACCUGGCGGUUUAAUUGCUACACCAGUAUUACCAACUCCUGAAGCCCCACCAGUUGAAGAAAAAAAAAAGAAGUCUCCUCCAACCCUCAAGCAGGAAAAAAAAGUUGCUGGAGAAGAAAAAGAAGAAACUUUACUGUCAAGCUUAUUAAGCUUACAAUGCAUUGAAUGCAAUAAAACCUUUAGACGUCAAAAAACCUUUGAGGCUCACAUGAGAGAUGUUCACACCAACAAACCUGAACCUGAAGAUGAAUUUUCUGAUGCAGAGGACAUGAUGGCAGGCAUUGAUGUAGCUGUAGACUAUGACAGUCUCCAAGGGGAUGAUCGUGAAGACGACAGCAAAGCUUGGUACCAAGAAGAAGAACUCCAUCAAACUGAAAAAGACUUGGAAGAAUUGGAAGACAAAAAUGAGCACGUUUGCCACUUGUGCAAACAACCUUUUGCUCUGCGAGCAAUUUUACUGCAACAUUUGGUUAUGUGUAGAGUUACCAGUGGCAUGACUGAGCCAACUCCUGCAGUAAUAGUCAGAAAAAAAAAUAAAAAAAUUAAAGAAAAGCUCAAUUGUGAGUUGUGCGAACGUGUUUUCAAACACAGAAAUUCAUUGGUUUAUCACAUGAGGAGUCACAGUGGCGUGAGGCCUCAUCAAUGCGAACUAUGUGGCAAAAGCUUCUUUGCUUCUAGUGCCCUAAAAGUUCAUUUGAGGUUGCAUUCAGGAGACAAGCCUUAUGACUGUGUCCAUUGCGGCCGCAAAUUCCGCCAAUGGGGCGACCUAAAGUAUCACAUAACAUCAAUUCAUUCAAACGAGAAAAACUACCAAUGCGAAUAUUGCGGCAAAGAGUUUGCAAGGAAGUAUUCCUUGGUGGUGCACAGGCGUAUUCAUACGGGCGAGAGAAACUACAAAUGCGAAUAUUGUGGCAAAACUUUCAGGGCUUCAUCCUAUUUGCAGAAUCACAGAAAAAUUCAUACCGGGGAGAAACCCCAUAACUGUUCGAUUUGUGCUAAGCCUUUCAGGGUGCGGUCUGAUAUGAAGAGGCAUGAGAAAACACAUGGGAAAGUUGCUGCACCAAGGGGUUCAAAAGCUCAAGUAGCUCAAGUCGUUCAAGUAAUACAACAACCAGAAGAAGAAGAAGAAGAGGUGCAAGAGUUUAAAGUGCACAAAAACGAAGUGGAAGAAAAUGAUGAAUCCAAUGAGUUGCAUAUUGGCGAAGAGGAAGAAGCCACUGAGCAUAUUUUGAGUUAUGAGCAACCAGAUAUUGAAAUGAUGAGCGGAGGAACCAUAACAAAAAGAAAUUUAUAUACAAAUGGUCACGAAUUAUUUUUGGUCACAUAUCCCAAUGAAUUGGUACAGAGAGGUACUGGUGAUGGUAAUACAGAAACUUGGAUACACACUAGUAACUGAAUUUUAAUGUUUCAACUUUUUUUUUUUAUUAAGUGGAAUUUGAUUCAAUUUUCCUUGGACAUUGUAAUUGUAAAUGGAGGAAUAACUUUAUUUUAAGAGAUACUUUUUUGAAUGUAUUUUGAUGUUGCCUGAACAUGCAAUAUUUAGAAGGCAAUGAAAGUUGCUACUUAUUUAAAUACAUGCAUUAGCUUAUGAAAGUAA